AUGUUCAAGAAAAAGCACGAUCCGUUUGAAGAGUUGCUGAAAGGUGAUAAACCUCAGCCCGUGGAGAAGGGUUUUCUGCAAAAAGUCGUGUCUACCUCCGACAAGUCCACCCAGGAUAACUCCACCGUCGCCGCUCACAAGUACAGCUCUCCGUUUCGCGAUUCUCAGCAGCUGGCCGCAGCGCAGAAGCGCAAGACCCAAAAGUUCCCCACCGUUAUGGCGUCGGGACCCGGGGUCACGGGACCGGACCUCGGGUACAAAGUGAUCGACGCCGCGCGCAAGCGCGCCAAGGACAUUGCGGUGCCACGCUACUUGCAAGGCAACGACGAGCGCCAGCGUCGCAAGCUUGACAAGCUCGAACGCAAGGAGGACUCGUUGCAGUACAAAAAGGACUCCCAGAGGAUUGUCAAUGUCCGUGAAGACGUGGUGCUUGGAAAAGAGCCUGCCGAAGAGCCUGCUGAGGGCAAAGUCGUAGAGGAAAAAGCCAUCGAGGGGCCUGUUGACGAAUCCCUAGAAGAGCCCGUUGAAAAAUCUCUUGAAGAACCCCUUGAAGAACCUAUUGAAGAACCCCUUGGAGAACCUGUCGAAAAAUCACUCGAACAGCCUGCUGAAAAGUCCUUUGACGAGCCUGCUGAAAAUUCACUUGAAGAACCUGCCGAAACUUCCCGUGAAGAGCCUGUCGAGGGAUCACAUCAAAAGCCCGUCGAAAAGUCCCUUGAGGACCCCGUUGUAAAUGACCAGGAACUCGUCGGCGCUAUGCCCGCCAAAGAACCCAUCGUGGAUCCAAACACUUCUACCGUUCCCCCUCCAGAACCUCUCGAGAUUUCUGAAACCACUGCCGUAGCCCCUCUUGACGUGGCCGCCGAGCCCACUACCGCCGAGCCUAUUGCAUCCGAGUCCGCUGUAGCCCUCUCCAAAGCGCCUUCGGUAUCGGCUGAAUCCGCAGCGGCUGCUGCUCCAGCUGACCUUGAGAAUUUGGCUAGCGACAACACCGAUGCUGCUGGACUCGUCAAACCCAAAGACAUCAAAGAAGCGCCCCGUGUUCCAUUUGCUACCGGUAUUUUUGCACUAUGGACUCGUUCUGACAAGCGUGGCCAACCAGUGGCCUCCCCAGAUGAUCCUGAGUUCAUUGUGAAAUUCGACAAAGGGUACAUGUCCAAAGCACUUUACGAUACUUUGGAAUAUGAAGAAGCGGUACACAAGCAAGAAAUGGACGAAUAUACUAAGGAAAACACCGCCAAAUACGAUGCCAAGGCCCAAGAGUAUCAAGAUAAUUUAACCUCUUUGAAGGCCCAAAUUACCGAAAUCGAGGCCACCAUGGAACAACUCAGGAAGGACACCGCUGAAAAGAUCAAAGUAAGCGAGACCGAAUUAACCUCUAAGAUGAUUGACUCUAAUGCCAAGCACAGUGUCGAGAAAAAUGCCAUUUUCAAAGAAACUGAAAACAUUAAGGGAGCCAAAUUGCAAGAAAAAGAAACCGUGGAGGGAAAUCAAGAACAGGUCAAGGCCGAAAUCGAGGAAUUGCAAAACGAAAAAGCCGAACUUGAUGCGGAUUACCAGGAACAUCAAACUCGUGUGGAUGGAUUAACCGCCGAUUUGGACUCGAAACUUGCUGCAAUUCAAGAACUCAACGCCAAACAAACAGAAGUUGAAGAAUCUAUUGCGGCUUUGAACCAGCGCAAAGAAGAACUUGUCGCCGAAGCGGAUUCUCAUGAUCAACAGCACGGAGCCAAUGUUGCAGUGGUGGAAAGCAUCAAAAACAAAGAAUACCUACCUCAAAUCAAUGCAAUUGAUGCUCAAACCUCAGAGUUGUUGACCUCUUUGACUUUCAUCAAACAAGAAACCGCUAAUCAAAAGACCGAAUUUGCCGCAGUUACUAAGCGUUUAGAAGAAGAAAAUGAGGAGCGUAAAGAAAAGCUAAGACUCGAGGAAGAAGCCCGCAAGCGCGAAGAAGAGGAGCGACUACAAAAGCAACGUGAUGAACACGACCAAAAGGUGUUGCUGCUGCAACAAGAUCAUCAACGCCAAUUAGACGAAGCUAGCAAAACCGCUCUUGAAGCUAAAGAAGCGCAUCAACUUGAGUUGGACGAAGCAAGCAAGAAGGCCGCAGACAUGGAACUUACGCUGCAACAAGAACGCGAACAGCGCGAAUUGAAGGAGAGGGAAAAUACCAGACUACAUGGCGAGAGAGCUAUUCAAGAGCAAGAGAAAACUCAGCUUGUUGAUAAAGCUUUAGAAGACGACUUGAAGCAAAAAAAUCAUAACAGAGCACAGGCUUUAGACGGUGCCGAAGCUGCAAGGGAAAGAAACGCACAAAUUAAAAGCACUUCGACCGAAACCGCCGUUCCAGAAGCUAAUUCUGAUGCGGCUGUGAUGUCCACUCAAUCAAUUAAUACCAACAAAGACAAUUCUUUAUAUGAAUAUUUCACCGAAAAUGAGAUCAAGUACGUCACUCCAGCUCAGAGUCGAGCUUGA